GAGAUCUCCGCUUCUCGUUAUAAUUCACUUGAAAAUUCCACAUUUUAUAAAAUCCCAAAAAACUCUCCCUUCUAACCCCCUUUCUCAGAUCUCUCUCCCUUGUUCGCUUUUGCGGGUCUAAGGGUUUCGUUGCUGUUCUAGAUCUCACAGCGAUUCGAAUCCCCUGCAGGGUUCGAAACGCUUUCUCUCUCAAUCUUUACAUCUCUUCACUUUGGACUCUCAGUUCACGGCUGGCCUAAUCGCAUCCGCAGAUCCAAGCCUUCCUUUCCGAGCCGUCGAUCUGCGCAACCAUGGCGGCCGCGAACGCUCCGAUCACCAUGAAGGAAGCCCUAACGCUUCCGAGCGUUGGGAUUAAUCCACAAUUCAUAACAUUCACACAUGUUACUAUGGAAUCCGAUAAGUACAUAUGUGUUCGGGAGACUUCGCCGCAGAAUAGUAUUGUUAUUAUUGAUAUGAGUAUGCCGAUGCAACCUCUGAGGAGGCCAAUCACUGCGGACUCUGCACUUAUGAAUCCAAAUUCCAAAAUCCUUGCAUUGAAAGCCCAAGUCCAAGGUACUACUCAGGAUCACCUUCAAAUAUUUAACAUUGAGAUGAAAGCAAAAUUGAAAUCACAUCUUAUGCCUGAACAGAUUGUUUUUUGGAAGUGGAUAACCCCAAAGAUGUUGGGUUUAGUCACUCAGACUACAGUGUAUCACUGGUCAAUUGAAGGGGAGUCGGAACCUGUCAAGGUGUUUGAGCGAACAGCUAAUCUGGCAAACAAUCAGAUAAUAAAUUACCGUUGUGAUCCUUCUGAGAAGUGGUUGGUUUUGGUUGGAAUUGCUCCUGGUGCUCCAGAGAGGCCACAAUUGGUUAAAGGAAAUUUGCAACUCUUCUCUGUGGAUCAGCAGCGCAGUCAAGCUCUUGAAGCACAUGCUGCAUCAUUUGCUCAAUACAAGGUUCCAGGGAAUGAGAAUCCCUCGACUCUUAUUUCUUUUGCCACUAAGACCCUGAAUGCUGGACAGAUUACAUCAAAGUUACAUGUUAUUGAGCUCGGUGCCCAGCCAGGGAAGCCAUCUUUUACGAAGAAACAAGCAGAUCUGUUCUUUCCUCCAGAUUUUGCUGAUGAUUUCCCAGUUGCCAUGCAGAUGUCUCACAAGUACAGCUUGAUUUAUGUAAUUACAAAGCUUGGGCUACUGUUUGUGUAUGAUUUAGAGACAGCUAGUGCAGUUUACAGAAAUAGAAUUAGUCCGGAUCCAAUCUUCUUGACAACAGAGGCUUCAUCAGUUGGAGGGUUUUAUGCGGUUAAUAGGCGGGGCCAGGUGUUGUUGGCUACAAUUAAUGAACAAACUAUUGUGCCUUUUGUCAGUGGUCAGUUAAACAAUUUGGAGCUUGCUGUCAAUCUGGCCAAAAGAGGAAAUCUUCCUGGUGCCGAAAAUCUUGUUGUCCAGCGUUUCCAAGAACUGUUUGCCCAAACUAAGUACAAAGAAGCUGCUGAACUUGCUGCUGAGUCCCCACAAGGAAUUCUCCGUACACCUGAUACAGUUGCUAAAUUUCAGAGCGUUCCUGUCCAAACUGGGCAAACCCCACCUCUGUUGCAGUACUUUGGGACCCUCUUGACACGAGGGAAGCUCAAUGCGUUCGAGUCAUUGGAAUUAUCACGUCUUGUAGUGAACCAGAACAAAAAGAAUCUUUUGGAGAACUGGUUGGCAGAGGACAAACUCGAAUGCAGCGAGGAACUGGGAGAUCUUGUGAAGACUGUGGAUAAUGAUCUUGCUUUGAAAAUAUAUAUUAAAGCCAGAGCAACUCCAAAAGUUGUUGCAGCUUUUGCCGAGCGAAGGGAAUUUGACAAGAUACUGAUCUACUCAAAGCAGGUUGGCUACACGCCUGACUAUCUGUUCCUUUUGCAAACAAUUCUUCGAGCAGAUCCGCAGGGUGCUGUUAAUUUUGCAUUGAUGAUGUCCCAAAUGGAAGGUGGUUGUCCAGUUGAUUACAACACCAUAACUGAUCUCUUCCUUCAGAGGAACCUGAUUCGUGAGGCGACCGCCUUUUUAUUGGAUGUUCUGAAGCCAAAUCUUCCAGAACAUGCUUUCCUGCAAACCAAGGUCCUUGAGAUCAAUUUAGUGACUUUUCCAAAUGUGGCUGAUGCUAUUUUAGCCAAUGGAAUGUUCAGUCAUUAUGAUCGCCCUCGAAUUGCCCAGCUAUGUGAAAAAGCUGGUCUUUAUGUGCGAGCUCUGCAACAUUACUCAGAGUUGCCUGAUAUUAAACGUGUUAUAGUGAAUACACAUGCAAUAGAGCCACAGGUUGUAUUCCUCUCUAACUACAUCAAAUUGGUACCAUUAACUUGUAGAACUGUUACUAAAAUUGUUUUUUUUCUUCUUCUACAGUCACUUGUAGAGUUUUUCGGCACUCUUUCACGAGAAUGGGCAUUGGAGUGUAUGAAAGAUCUUUUAUUGGUCAAUUUAAGAGGCAACCUUCAGAUAAUUGUGCAGGUCGCUAAGGAAUACUCUGAGCAGUUGGGUGUUGAUCAAUGCAUGAAGCUUUUUGAACAGUUCAAGUCAUAUGAAGGGUUGUACUUCUUCCUUGGGUCGUUUCUGAGCUCAAGUGAGGAUCCUGAUAUCCACUUCAAGUACAUUGAGGCAGCUGCUAAAACCGGACAAAUCAAAGAGGUGGAGCGAGUUACUAGAGAAUCAAACUUCUAUGACGCUGAGAAAACAAAGAACUUCUUAAUGGAAGCUAAGCUCCCAGAUGCACGCCCACUCAUUAAUGUUUGUGAUCGUUUUGGAUUUGUUCCAGAUCUGACCCACUACUUGUACACGAACAACAUGCUUCGUUACAUUGAAGGUUAUGUUCAAAAGGUGAAUCCUGGGAAUGCUCCUUUAGUUGUGGGACAGUUGCUUGAUGAUGAGUGCCCUGAAGAUUUUAUCAAGGGCUUGAUUCUUUCUGUCCGUUCAUUGCUUCCUGUGGAGCCCCUUGUGGAGGAAUGCGAGAAGAGGAAUCGACUUCGUUUACUCACUCAGUUCUUGGAGCAUCUUGUGAGUGAGGGAAGCCAAGACGUACAUGUUCACAAUGCUUUGGGUAAAAUCAUCAUUGAUAGCGGCAAUAAUCCAGAGCACUUCCUUACCACAAACCCAUAUUAUGAUUCACGUGUUGUUGGUAAAUAUUGUGAGAAACGUGACCCUACCCUUGCUGUUGUUGCUUACCGCCGUGGACAAUGUGAUGAUGAACUUAUUAAUGUCACAAAUAAAAACUCUUUGUUCAAAUUGCAAGCAAGAUAUGUGGUUGAGAGAAUGGAUGAAGAUCUUUGGGGAAAAGUUCUUGACCCUGAGAAUGAGUACAGAAGACAACUUAUUGAUCAAGUUGUUUCUACUGCCUUGCCUGAGAGCAAGAGCCCAGAACAAGUUUCUGCGGCUGUUAAGGCUUUCAUGACUGCUGAUUUGCCCCACGAAUUAAUUGAACUUCUUGAAAAGAUUGUGCUUCAAAACUCUGCCUUCAGUGGCAACUUCAAUCUGCAAAACUUGCUAAUUUUGACAGCCAUCAAGGCAGAUCCGUCUAGAGUUAUGGAUUAUAUUAAUAGGCUAGAUAAUUUUGAUGGACCUGCAGUUGGGGAAGUAGCUGUGGAAGCCCAGCUGUAUGAGGAAGCAUUUGCAAUUUUCAAGAAGUUUAACUUGAAUGUUCAAGCUGUUAACGUCUUGCUGGAUAACAUCAGAAGCAUUGAUAGGGCUGUGGAGUUUGCAUUCCGUGUUGAAGAAGAUGCCGUUUGGAGCCAGGUUGCAAAGGCUCAACUCCGGGAGGGGCUGGUGAGCGAUGCGAUUGAGUCAUUCAUUCGUGCGGAUGAUGCCACCCAAUUCUUGGAUGUUAUUCGUGCUUCUGAGGAUGCAGAUGUCUACCAUGACUUGGUGAGGUACCUUCUGAUGGUUAGGCAGAAGGCGAGAGAGCCCAAGGUGGACAGCGAGCUCAUUUAUGCAUAUGCAAAGAUUGAUAGGCUUGCUGACAUUGAAGAGUUUAUUCUUAUGCCUAAUGUUGCUAAUCUCCAAAAUGUUGGUGAUCGCCUAUAUGACGAGGCCCUCUAUGAGGCUGCAAAAAUAAUAUUUGCUUUUAUAUCUAACUGGGCCAAGUUGGCAAUAACACUAGUGAAGCUCAAACAAUUCCAAGGUGCUGUUGAUGCAGCACGAAAAGCCAACAGUGCAAAGACAUGGAAGGAGGUUUGCUUUGCUUGUGUUGAUGCUGAGGAGUUCCGCUUAGCUCAGAUUUGUGGCCUCAACAUUAUUAUACAGGUGGAUGAUUUGGAAGAGGUCAGUGAAUACUAUCAGAAUAGAGGAUGCUUCAACGAGCUAAUAUCUCUAAUGGAGAGUGGUCUAGGGUUAGAACGUGCUCACAUGGGAAUCUUUACUGAGUUGGGGGUUCUAUAUGCUAGAUAUCGUCCGGAGAAACUUAUGGAGCACAUCAAAUUGUUUGCAAAUCGUCUAAAUAUUCCCAAGCUUAUACGAGCUUGUGAUGAGCAGCAACAUUGGAAGGAGCUUACCUAUCUGUACAUUCAAUAUGAUGAGUUUGAUAAUGCUGCAACUACCAUCAUGAAUCAUUCCCCUGAAGCCUGGGAUCACAUGCAGUUCAAAGAUGUGGCAGUUAAAGUUGCUAAUGUGGAGCUAUAUUAUAAGGCCGUGCACUUCUACUUGCAAGAGCAUCCAGAUCUCAUUAAUGAUCUUCUAAAUGUGCUCGCACUUCGUGUAGAUCAUACACGUGUGGUUGACAUUAUGCGGAAGGCCGGUCACCUGCUUCUUGUGAAGCCAUACAUGGUUGCAGUUCAGAGCAACAAUGUCUCUGCUGUUAAUGAGGCUUUGAAUGCGAUAUAUGUUGAGGAGGAAGAUUAUGAAAGAUUGCGUGAAUCAAUUGAUUUGCACGAUAGCUUUGACCAAAUAGGCCUUGCUCAAAAGAUUGAGAAACACGAGCUUCUGGAAAUGAGACGUGUUGCUGCUUAUAUUUACAAGAAAGCUGGAAGGUGGAAGCAGUCCAUUGGAUUGUCAAAGAAAGACAAACUUUACAAAGAUGCCAUGGAGACAGCCUCACAGUCUGGUGACCGUGAACUUGCAGAGGAGUUGCUUGUUUAUUUCAUUGAACAGGGAAAGAAAGAAUGCUUUGCAUCAUGCCUGUUUGUCUGUUAUGAUUUGAUUAGGGCAGAUGUUGUCCUUGAACUUGCUUGGAUGAACAACAUGAUUGACUUUGCUUUCCCAUAUCUGCUACAGUUUAUCCGUGAAUACACUGGCAAAGUUGAUGAACUAGUGAAGGACAAACUUGAAGCUCAGAAAGAGGUUAAGGCUAAAGAGCAGGAAGAGAAAGAAGUUAUUGCACAGCAGAACAUGUAUGCUCAGUUGCUGCCUCUUGCUUUGCCUGCACCACCAAUGCCUGGUAUGGGAGGAGGGUUUGCUCCACCGCCACCUAUGGGAGGAAUGCCACCAAUGGGCAUGCCACCUUUUGGCAUGCCACCAAUGGGCAGUAGCUAUUGAGAUGAACUAUUCUUGUGGAACUCGAUCUUGAAUUUGGUGUUUUAGUCAGUAGGGCAACCUAUUCGAUAGAGCGUUCCAUUUAGUGUAAUUUUAUGAAGGCUUACAUGCCGUCAUUUCCUUUUUAUUUUAUUUUUCUAAUUUGUUUUUGAUGGGUUGAAAGGGUGCAGCUUAAAUAAUUGUGUCAUAGGUUGUGUGGAUAUGUCGUCUUGUAAUAUUCUUUUGUAGCAGAGGCAUUUUUUUCUUUUUGGCUGUUGGUUGAGGGCGAGCUUAGAAUUUUCUCCUCUGUAUUAUUGUUCUCGUUUUUCAAACUUGCCUGAGUAUAAUACAAAACACACCACUGAUAAUUUUGAA